AGUGCCUCCUCCUGAUUGGCUGAGCGGUUGUCAGGAGUGUUUACAGGAAACAUGGCUUCCCAGUCUAUUGGAGAUCUUCAAGAAAUGGAAGUGGACCGAAGGGGUGAGUCUGAGGAGUCUGGUGAUGAUGAGACCAGGAGGAAGAGUAUCAAUGGCGACGUGGACACCAAUCAGCCUACUACCACAGGUAAAGAAGAGUCUCCUGUUGACAUGGACACCAUAACCUUGGACCCAGAGGAAGAAGAUGUUGAUCUUGUUCAUUGUCGUAUCGGAAAGAUUGAAGGACUGGAGGUGCUACAGAAGGCUAAAACACUCUCCUUACGACAGAAUCUCAUCAAAAAGAUAGAAAACCUUGACAGUUUGAUCGCACUGCGGGAACUAGAUCUCUAUGACAACCAGAUUCGCAAAGUGGAGAACCUGCGGCACCUCACAGAGUUGGAGCAGCUCGACGUGUCCUUCAACCUCAUAAGGAAGGUGGAGGGUUUAGAGCAGUUGACUCAGCUGAAGAAACUCUUUCUGCUUCACAACAAAAUUAGCAGCAUUGCCAACCUGGAACACCUCACAGGCUUGGAGAUGCUGGAGCUGGGCUCGAACCGCAUCCGGGUCAUUGAGAACCUGGAUACACUCACGUCUUUGCAAAGUUUAUUCCUCGGCACCAAUAAAAUAACUAUGCUUCAGAACCUGGAGGGUUUACACAAUCUGACUGUUUUAAGCAUUCAGAGUAACCGGAUUACUAAAAUUGAGGGUCUACAGAACCUCGUCAACCUGAGAGAGCUCUAUCUGAGUCACAAUGGCAUUGAGGUCAUCGAGGGCUUGGAAAACAAUAAAAAGCUUACAACCCUGGACAUUGCAGCUAAUCGAGUAAAGAAAAUUGAAAACAUCAGCCAUCUGACAGAGUUGCAGGAGUUCUGGAUGAAUGACAAUCAGAUAGAUAACUGGUCAGACCUUGAUGAGUUGAAGAACGCCAAGUCUCUGGAGACGGUCUACCUGGAAAGAAACCCACUACAGAAGGAUCCACAGUACCGGCGAAAGAUCAUGCUGGCACUGCCCAGCGUACGCCAGAUCGAUGCCACCUUCAUCCGCUUCUAAACUGCAGUAUAUAUAUAUACAAUUCACCUGCCAACUUCACAAUGUCCCCCUCUCGCCACCUUGCCUGUCCCACCUACAAAUACAGAAUUCAUUUCAGAGCAUAUUGAACUCACCGAAUCACAUAGUCACUCCAUAAACACAGAUAUACAUUCCAACAUUAAACUCACCCACGACUCACUCAACAUACAUGUAUGCAUGUAUGCACUCACUCACUCACCUUGAUCUAUGCUAUUGUGUGGAAGCUUAUUUAUUUAUUAAGCUGGAUAUGAACUGUGAAAAUGAUAUCAGAAACUACUCCCAUUUCCUAAUUUUUCCUCUUUUUUUUCCUUUAUUGUUUUGCAUGUUGGGUACAGUAUGGAGACAUCUAUCUGUCAUGUGCCCAUCAGGAAAAUAAGAAAUAAGUCGUAUUUAUCACGGUUUUUGAAGAUGAAAUGCUAUCAUAUGAGAGGAAAGAGUGGUAUUCUUACCAUUUUAGGUUUGUGAGUUAAUUCCUUUGGUUGGAUCUCACAAGUUACACAAUGGGCAGCAUGCAUGUGGAUAAAAUUAAGAACAAUUAAAACUCAACAUUAAAGGGAAAAUACAUAAUAAAAUCUCAUUUACAUAUUCUAAUCCUCAGAAUACUAAUGCUGUAAUUUGGUUUAAUACGCUUCAAAACUCUCCGGAACCAGGUAACAAACUUUGCAGUCACAGAAACAUCCGAAAUGAACACGCAACUUUUUGACACCAUGCGGGUUUAAAUCAGUUCGGUGGCACUUUUUAAGGGAAUCAAAUCCUUUACAGCACAACCUGAUGAAUGCUUUUAAUAAACUGGUAUCAUUAUUGAUGAAAGGCACAUUUUGAUGUCCAGCAGCCUUGUCUAUUCCUCCUCCUCCUUCCAGAUAUUUUACAGCUCACAGGCCCAUUUUCCAGUUAACAAGAGUGACCUCUGCAGUAAAAUAAAGCUCAUCAGAAUGUAAAAUCAUUUAAUGUGUCCAUAAAGAUGGUUUUGUAAUCAGUGGUACAUUACCCCCCUUUUUUUUGUUUUCACCCUGAAUACAUCACAAAUCCAGCCUUGGUUCUCUUUUGACUUUAGGAAAUGUGUUCACAAUUUUAUUUAAACAGAUAACAGUAAAUUGUAGGUUCUAAGUUUUUUUUUUUAAGUGAAUUUCCUUCAUGAUGGCAGGACUGGUCUUAUGUAGGUGUUGUUAAUUAAUGUAAGAUAGAUAGUUUAUGCUUGUGCUGUUAGCACAGACAAUUUUUAAACGCAUUUUGAGAUUUAAAAACGUCAUGUGUAUAGACUCAGCAGUGACACAUUCAUUAUUUGGCCAAAAAAAAUAAGUAUUGAUGUAUAUUUAUAGGCUGCGUUCGCCAUACAAUUUCUUAUGUCAACCACUCAGAUGACCACCUUGAUCAAAAACUGAGUGACCUAUUCUUGUGGUCUCCUGUAUAUAAUGCUCGAGUGCACUCGAUUUACUCCCUGUUACAAUCAUUUAUGUGAAACUAAUCUCCCACCUCAGGGUUCAAAGGUCACUUGUGGAUAAACUACAGAAGCAUCUGAUUUCAGUGCAUUGCUGGUUGUAAAAAGUGUUAAACUAAAUGCUUUCUGUGCAAUAUAAGAGACUGACCAUUAUCAUCUAAUCUAAUUCCUGUCAUCUGGAUUUAUAUUGGAGCUUCAAAUUUGUUAAAUUGGCCCGUUAAUAAUAUUGAAUCUACGUUUGUAGACAAGAAAAAAACAGCAUAACAGGUUUUGUAUUUUAGAAUAGGUUUCUUUAGCUGACAAUUUGCUUUAUUUCACAGGAAUAUAAAGCUGGUUUUAAAUCAAAUUGUUGAUAUUACUGGUCUUGACAAUAACUCAAAUGCAGGAUGUUUAUGAGCCCACAUUAGAAUAUUUGCAAAACCGAAGGACUUUCUGCAUUAUUGAUAUGAUUGUGAUGUUAUUUUAUACUCCGCUGUAACUUAAGUCACCUUUUAAAUUGGCCAGUUGGAUCAGAAGUGUCACUUUGUGUAUUUUUAAAUAUAGUUUGGUGAUGUAGAAAGUCAGUACCAUCAUCACCAUCCCUAUGUAAAGUGAAAUCUUUUUUUUCUUGUUUUGUUUAUGCCAGGCAGCACUACAGAUUUGUGUGAGAUACAGUAAUUAAGAUAAAUUGACCUUGAACAGUCGCAGAAUGAGCAAUUAUUCUGAUUGUUGGCUAAUUGUUGUUAUAACUGAGUCUUCAGGUUUUGGACUUGGUUGACGCUGUUUUGAAACUGAAUGUAUUAUGCAAAUAAUAAAAUUACACUACUGCUAA